AUGAGCUCAACCCAGACUCGCAGCCACGGCGGCCACCAUCACCACCAUCACCACCACGACAAUGUGUACCUUACUUCCCAGAAUAAGAACGACGCCGGUGUUCGCAUCACCCGACUUGGUCUCUAUUCCAACCUUGGCAUGGCCAUUGCCAAGGGUGUCGGCGGCUACGCCUUCAACUCCAAGGCCAUGAUCGCAGAUGCCAUUCACAGCGUCACGGAUCUUGCAUCCGACAUCCUUACCCUGGCCACCAUUUCCUGGAGCAUCAAGCCCCCGACCGACAAUUUCCCCACGGGCUUUGGCAAGAUUGAGAGCUUGGGAUCGCUCGGUGUAUCAUCCAUGCUCUUCUUUGGCGGACUUUGGAUGGGUUACGGCAGCUUGUUGACCCUUUACGGCCACUUCUUCCUGGAUCCUGCUGCUGCUGCAGAGCUUCUCGAGCACGCGCAUUCCCACGGACACAGUCACGAUCAUGGUACCGACAUUGUUCCUAGCAUGCAUGCCGCCUGGCUUGCUGCGGGCACUGUCGCGAUCAAGGAAUGGUUGUACCAUGCUACCAUGAAAGUCGCCAAGGAGCGCAAGUCUUCUGUCCUCGCCUCGAAUGCCGUCCACCACCGAAUCGACAGUCUUACUGGUAUUGUUACGCUUGCAGUCAUCCUCGGCGCCAACUUUCUCGAGAAUGCUGCUUGGCUUGAUCCAGUCGGUGGACUCCUCAUCUCUCUCAUGGUAGUCAAGGCUGGCGCAGAGAACACGUUUGCCGCGCUUUUUGAAUUGGCAGAUCGCGGAAUUGACGAUGAGGUCAAGACCUCGGUUCGCAAGCAUCUGCGCCGAACCUUCUCCGACAUCCCCGAUGGUCACCAAAUUGAACUGCGAGAUGUCUCGGGUAUCAAGUCUGGUCAGAACUACUUGGUUGACCUCGAGGUUGCUGUACCCAACACCUGGACCGUUGAGCAAACAAGGGAUGCCGAAGAGCAGAUCCGCACUCGUGUGGGAAGCAAGGUUCGCGGCGCUCGCAGAGUGCGUGUUCGCUUCGUGCCCAAGGCUGCUGCAGUUGCUCCCAAAUUUGACGAGUUCAUCUCUGGCGAUGUUAGCCCACGGUCAAGCCCCGAACCCGAGGAUGAUGACCACAACCACGGCAACGGUCACCACAAGUCACACUAG